AGACGCCGACUACCAUCUCCAAGACGAAAUUGGCGCUAGCGUCUUUAUUAUUUCCGCAUAUUGAGAAUUGUAAAUAUAAACAACUACAGCCAUGGCUAGCGAAGAAUUAUUUCCAAAUGACCACACAGAGGAGUUAGAUUUAGAGCAGGAACUAAAUGAAAUAGCUGACAAAUCAACAGAAGAAACGCCACAUGAACAAGGAGAAAAGGAAAAUUCACCUGCAGCUGCUGAAGAUAAAUCUGUUGCCACCAAAACACCUGCUGAACCCGCGGAACAUGAGGCAAAACUCUGUCAAUUACCCAUUGCUCGUAUAAGAAACAUUAUGAAAUUGGAUCCAGAUUUACAUGUGGCCUCCAAUGAGGCAGUCUUUGCAGUAGCCAAAGCAGUGGAGCUUUUUAUCGAAUCUUUAGCUCGUGAAUCCUAUACAUAUACAGCACAAGCUAAAAAGAAAACCAUACAAAAACGUGAUGUUGAUCUGGCCAUAUCGGCAGUGGAUAGUCUUAUGUUUUUGGAUGGAGCUAUGAAUUUUUAACAACGAGUUAGAGUUAAGAAUUGAAACUGGUACUAAUAAAAGUCCACAUUGUUUACUAAUUUUAAGCUAAAA